AUGGACCCCGAGAAAGACAACUACGCCCGCCCUGAGCUGGGCUCCGGCCAGCCAGCGGGCCACAUGUCCGCCGGUCGCUACAUCGCGACGCGCAUCUCCACUCUCAAACCUCCCAUGGCCAAAGUCUCCAAUCCAAUCCGCCUCCUACGCCUCCUGAACUUCCAGCAAUGGAUGUUCUUCCUCGUCGCCUUCUGCGCCUGGACUUGGGACGCCUUCGAUUUCUUCACUGUUUCGCUGACUGUCGAGGACCUCGCUGAGUCGUUCGGCAAGACCAAGACUGAUAUUACAUGGGGAAUUACCCUGGUGCUGAUGUUGCGUUCUGUGGGUAGUAUUAUUUUUGGACUUGCGGCGGAUCGUUAUGGGAGGAAGUGGCCGUUUAUCAUCAACAACGUGCUCUUCAUUGUUCUGGAGCUCGGGACUGGAUUCUGCUCUACCUACAAUAGCUUCUUGGGUGUGAGAGCGUUGUUCGGAAUUGCGAUGGGAGGCUUGUACGGAAACGCAGCUGCUACUGCGCUCGAAGACUGCCCCGAAGAAGCACGAGGUCUCAUCUCUGGCAUGCUCCAGCAGGGCUACGCCUUCGGCUACCUUCUCGCAACUGUCUUCGCCCGCGCAUUCGUCAACACCGUUGGCCACGGCUGGCGCCCCCUCUUCUGGUUCGGCGCCGGACCCCCAGUCCUCAUCAUCCUCUUCCGCCUGUGUCUCCCGGAGACCCAAGCCUACCUCGAGCGCAAGCGUAUCCGCGAGGAAACCCCCAACGCCGCUAAGGUGUUCCUUAACGAGGGCAAGGUGGCUUUGAAGAAACACUGGCUUCUCCUCAUCUACAUGGUGCUCCUGAUGGCCGGGUUCAACUUCAUGUCGCACGGCUCUCAAGAUCUGUAUCCCACCAUGUUGACCAACCAAUACAACUUCUCCGCCGACGCAGUCACAGUUACGCAGGUUGUCGCAAACCUGGGCGCUAUUUGCGGCGGUACCAUCAUCGGAUACUGCUCCUCGAUCUUCGGAAGGAGGUUCAGCAUCAUCUUCAUCAGCAUCAUCGGCGGCGCCUUGCUCUACCCAUACACCUACACGAGCAGCACGAAAGUUAUGGCUGCGGCCUUCUUCGAGCAGUUCUGCGUGCAGGGCGCCUGGGGCGUCAUCCCGAUCCAUCUCAUGGAGUUGUCGCCCGGGUCGUUCAGGACCUUCGUCGUCGGCACCAGUUACCAAUUAGGUAACCUGGUAUCCUCGGCUUCGUCCACGAUCGAGUCGACGAUCGGAGAGCGCUUCCCGCUUCCGGCGAAGGGGUCGGUCAAGAGGUAUCAGUAUGGCAAGGUCAUAUGCAUCUUCAUGGGAUGCGUGUACGUGUACGUCAUUAUUUUGACGUUGAUUGGACCUGAGUUUAGGGGGAGAAGCAUGGAUGUGCAUGCGGAUGAAGAUAUGGCGGAGGCGGCGGCACAUGGGUACCAAGAGGAGAAGCGUGUGGAUAUGGGGAGAGGCGAGGAAAUUGAGAGGGUAUGA